GCGGUCAUUCAAUUUACAGCUUCUAGUUCAAUACUUAUAUACAUCACGGCUAAUAUCGCGGAGAGCCUGAAAAAAAUUGUUAAAAAAAAACAUAUAUUGUUUCCACACUAUCAGUACAACGGCUGGCAUCAAGCAAUGGAGCUCUAGCAGUAGCAAAACUAGUAUCAAAAAAUAAAUCCCAACCUUUUUAGAAGAUUAACUGAAACAACCAUUGGACAGCUGUAUUGUUCACGAACGACAGUGCCAUCCCAUGCCUCAUAGAACCUACGGCAAAGUUUAAUAAUAAUCCAAGCAGCGGAAAUGUUACGUCGGAUGCAGCACUUUUCAAAAAACGUUUUACUGAAACGAAGGGUCAGUACAUGGUCUCCCUUGACCACUGCAUUUAACACUCGUCCGGAGAAAAGGAUUAAUUUUACCAAAAAUGAAGUGGGUCUUUUUGGAAAACCGGAACUUACUUCGCAUGAAGGGUUUUAUGUACUCAAGGAAAAGGCUAUCUUUAAAACGGACGAUCUUAUUGAGGAAGCUACUUCAUCCAAUCGUUCACGCAAAAUGGUUGUUAUCUUCGACGAGCUCUCCGACACCUUGUGCAAAGUGGCUGACCUGUCAGAAUUCAUAAGACUAGCUCACCCAGCAUCAAAUUAUUGCUCGGCUGCUGAAGACGCGUGCAUCACGAUAAGCGGCAUUGUAGAAAAACUGAACACACAUAAGAAGCUAUUCAACGCUUUGAAAAGUGUUGUUGACAACGGAGACCAGUUUGAGACAAGCGAUGUCGAUAAACAUGUGGCCAGGCUUUUCCUGUUUGAUUUUGAACAAAGUGGUAUUCACUUAGAAGAAGAGGCUCGUCAGCGGGUGGUGUUUCUAAAUGAUUGUAUCCUUCAGCUUGGUCAACGUUUCAUGGCCGGAGCGGUUCAUCCCAGAAGCAUUUCAAAAAAUAUCCUCCCGGCAGCUGUUUUGCCUUUCUUUGCAUCGGAUGGUGAAAAUAUCCUCGUAUCCGGACUUUAUGCCGAUUCUGCUAACAGUGUGGCUCGUGAAUCGGCAUAUCGCCUAUUCCUUUACCCAGACGAACAGCAGGAGCGACUUUUGGCGGAGAUGCUUAAAUGCCGCAACGAGCUGGCAACCGUUUGCGGAUUUCCAACCUAUGCUCAUCGAGCGCUUAAAGCAAGCACUGUAGAAACACCAGAAAUGGUCGAUAUGUUUUUGGAUUCGCUGAACGAACAAUUGCAACCUCGUGCGGCAAAUGAUUUUGCAAUUAUGCAGAAAAUGAAAUCUUUAGAAUGUGGUGCUAAUGUUCCGCUAGCGGCUUGGGACACUCCGUACUUCACAUCCUCACUAAAACGCAAACAUCUGCAGGCCAGUGCGUCAGAGUUUUCACCAUAUUUCAGUCUAGGGGCAUGUAUGGAAGGAUUAAAUCUUUUGAUGAAUAGUCUGUUUGGGAUUUCUCUAAGAAAUACUGAAAUGGAGCCGGGUGAAUCGUGGUUUCAUGAUAUAUACAAACUUGCUGUUGAACAUGAAACGGAGGGUUUGCUCGGUCACAUUUAUUGUGAUUUCUUUGAACGACAAGGAAAACCGAACCAAGAUUGUCAUUUCACAAUUCAAGGAGGCAAAGUAAUGCCGGACGGAAGUUUUCAAAAUCCAAUUGUUGUCGUUAUGUUGAAUCUUUCGCAACCCCGCUGGUCAGGGCCGACGCUGUUGACUCCCUCCAUGGUGGACAACCUAUUUCAUGAGAUGGGGCAUGCCAUGCAUUCGAUGCUUGCACGGACGGAAUUUCAACAUGUGACAGGUACUAGGUGCAGCACAGACUUUGCAGAAGUUCCCUCAGUGUUAAUGGAAUAUUUUGCCAAUGAUCCACGCGUGUUACGGUCGUUCGCUAAACAUUUUCAAACGCAAGAACCCAUGCCAGAAAGCAUGUUAGAACGUCUCUGCACAUCCAAACAUUUGUUCGCUUCAAGUGAGAUGCAGUUGCAAGUUUUUUAUUCCGCUUUGGAUCAAGUUUACCAUGGAAAUCAUGAUAUGCAUGCCGAAAACACAACUCAGACGUUACAAAGAGUGCAAGAAAAGUAUUACGGCCUUCCCUAUGUCGAAAAUACAGCAUGGCAGCUGCGCUUUUCACACCUGGUUGGAUACGGUGCGAAGUAUUAUUCUUACCUUAUUUCACGUGCAAUUGCUUCCUGGAUAUGGCAAACAUACUUUGAACGGGAUCCAUUCAGUCGAACCGAAGGAGAGAAAUAUCGUCGAGGUUGUCUGGCAUACGGUGGCGGCAUUCCUAGUCGUUUGUUAGUAUCCAAUUUCUUAGGACGUGAAAUCACUCCCACGAAUUUAACCUCGAGUCUGAUUAGUGAGAUAGAUACAUUUAACGAGCGUCUGAAGCACGUAGACGACUACUUCAGAUAGUCUAAUUUGUUUGAAACUGGUGUUUAAAUUAGUAAUGUGCGAAUAGCAAACCAAGGGAAUGAGAGCAAACAUAAAAUCGCGAGUUAAAACUA